GCUCGUUAUUAAAAGAGCUCAUCUGUGGCUUUGUGGCUAGCUUGGCAGUAGGUUGUUUUCCUGAUAGCCGCCCGGGGUUCACACUCGUCGCUGCUGAACUCCGCCACCGCAAAAUCGGUCAUUACAGCGGCACGCCAGACGGACUAUAGGUUACAGAUGGACCAGCAGGACCAGUCCUAUAUGUUUGCCAGUCUGAAACGGCCUCACUCAGAGCAGCUGCUGCAAGGCCUCCAGCUCUUGCGGCAGGAUCACGAACUAUGUGACAUUGUCCUCCGUGUGGGUGAUGCCAAGAUCCAUGCCCACAAAGUAGUGCUGGCCAGCAUCAGCCCUUACUUCAAGGCCAUGUUCACGGGUAACCUGUCGGAAAAGGAGACCUCAGAGGUCGAAUUCCAGUGCAUCGAUGAGACUGCCUUGCAGGCUAUCGUUGAGUACGCCUACACUGGCACAGUUUUUAUUUCCCAGGAAACAGUUGAAUCUCUGCUACCGGCUGCCAACUUACUCCAGGUUAAGCUAGUACUUAAGGAGUGCUGCUCCUUCUUAGAGAGCCAGCUGGACGCUGGGAACUGUAUUGGCAUCUCCCGCUUUGCAGAGACCUAUGGCUGUCAUGACCUGUGCCUGGCUGCAACCAAGUUCAUCUGUGAGAACUUUGAGGAAGUUUGUCAGACAGAGGAGUUUUUUGAACUGACAAGGGCUGAGUUAGAUGAAAUUGUGUCCAAUGACUGCCUUAAGGUGGUCACAGAGGAGACUGUAUUUUACGCCCUGGAAUCGUGGAUCAAAUAUGACGUAACUGAACGACAGCAACAUCUGGCUCAGCUGCUGCACUGUGUUCGCCUUCCACUCCUCAGCGUCAAAUUUCUCACUCGCCUGUAUGAGGCCAACCACCUUAUAAGAGAUGAUCAUGCGUGCAAGCACCUGCUCAACGAGGCCCUCAAAUAUCAUUUUAUGCCUGAGCACCGGCUCUCCUAUCAGACUGUGUUGUCAGCACGGCCCAGAUGUGCCCCAAAGGUCCUGCUUGCAGUAGGAGGCAAGGCUGGACUAUUUGCAACAUUAGAAAGCAUGGAAAUGUAUUUCCCUCAGACAGAUUCGUGGAUAGGACUGGCGCCGCUCAGUGUACCCCGAUAUGAAUUUGGAGUGGCAGUGCUGGACCACAAGGUAUAUGUGGUUGGAGGCAUCGCCACGCACAUGAGACAGGGCAUUAGCUAUCGGAGGCACGAGAGCACGGUCGAGAGCUGGGACCCUGAAAGCAACACCUGGUCCUCGGUGGAGCGGAUGGCUGAAUGCCGCAGCACACUCGGGGUGGUGGUCCUGGCUGGCGAGCUGUACGCCCUCGGAGGCUAUGACGGCCAGUAUUACCUCCAGUCAGUCGAGAAAUAUGUCCCCAAGCUGAAGGAGUGGCAGCCUGUAGCACCUAUGACAAAGUCCCGCAGCUGCUUUGCCACCGCGGUACUGGAUGGCAUGGUGUACGCUAUUGGCGGCUAUGGCCCAGCCCAUAUGAACAGCGUGGAGCGGUACGACCCCAGCAAGGAUGCCUGGGAAAUGGUAGCCCCCAUGGCAGAUAAAAGGAUCAACUUCGGAGUGGGUGUCAUGCUGGGCUUCAUAUUCGUUGUGGGCGGACACAAUGGAGUGUCACACCUGUCCAGCAUUGAGAGGUAUGAUCCACAUCAGAACCAGUGGACAGCUUGUCGGCCAAUGAAUGAACCACGCACUGGUGUGGGAUCUGCCAUCGUGGACAACUACCUCUAUGUGGUAGGAGGUCACUCCGGGUCGUCCUACCUGAACACUGUCCAGCGCUAUGACCCUAUCUCAGACAGCUGGUUGGACUCGAGCGGCAUGAUGUAUUGCCGUUGCAACUUUGGUCUGACUGCCCUUUGACCUAUGGCUCAGCCAGCUAGGACCCAAUAAGAGAACUUAGACACAAAGAUUUUUCUCUUUUGUUGUCGUCGUCUCCUCCUCCUUCCCCACAUUCAUCCUCCAGGUGCAGAGGUGCUCUGCACACCAACGUGCACACCAGAGGAGGGGGAGAGAGAGAGAGAGAGAGAGAGAGAGGGAGAGAGAGCCUGCUGGGUGGAUGGAUGUGCCGGGCUAGCUGGCUGGCUAGAGGGGGACCACAGACUGGCUGCUGAGAUUAGAAAGCACUGUUAAAGUUUUGCGGGGGGGAAGGGGAAGAUGAUUGGAUGGCUGUUGUCACGGGCAAGAGGAGACGACCGCUCUACUGCUGCUGGACCACAAUGAGGACUCUGAGCCAUUUCCCAGAGGAUUGUGGGAGAAAACUUGUCACUUUUGUUUCAAAAUUCUGUUGUGUUAGCAGACAUCAAGGUGUGUGUUGGGGUGUGGUGUGUGUGUGUGUGUGUGUGUGUGUGUGUGUGUGUGUG